UUAGAGGUUUGAGCGACGAAAGCUUUUUGCCGGAAGUUGGAAGAGAAAAGGGAAGUCUCGCCCUCUCCCGGGGUCUUCAAGUUUAGGGCUGGGGGCUAAUUGUCGCUAAAAAGCUCAGAGGUGCUCGGGUGGAUACAAUUACUCGCUUUGCGAGAAGAGGCUAGAACGCGCGCUGAGGUGUGUUUUUGGUGUAAGUGGGCACGCGUUGACGCUGGCUUAAGAGGACCUAAACCAUCAAUUAAAAGAACUUCCGCCUGGCCAGCUUUAAAAGGCGUUUGAUUCAGAGAGGUGGAACGCAUAGAUUUUAGUCUGGUCUAGGUUCUGCCACCGACCUACUGUGUGUCCUUGGGCUCCUCCCCAAGUCUCAAUAUCCUAAUCUAUAAAUUGAAGGGUAGACAAGAUUCUUUAAGUCACCUUUCAAUCCGCCUAUUAUUGCAGGUCCAUUUUGUCGUCUGAGCAACAAAGCCUUGGGGGUUAAAUAUCGUUGGCCCCGUUUUAGAAGGAAGACAUUGAGUUCCAGGGUGUAUCCUGUGCUUUACUUGACGGGGGACUCCGAGUCCAGUUCUGUCGUUUUCAACUUAAACAGGUAACAUGGAGGCACCUCCAGUCACCAUGAUGCCUGUCACCGGGGGCACCAUUAACAUGAUGGAGUACCUGCUGCAGGGAAGUGUUUUAGAUCACAGCUUGGAAAGCCUCAUCCACCGCCUUCGUGGUUUGUGUGACAACAUGGAACCUGAGACUUUCCUUGACCAUGAGAUGGUAUUCCUCCUUAAGGGCCAGCAGGCCAGUCCAUUUGUUCUAAGGGCUCGACGCUCUAUGGAUAGGGCAGGGGCACCCUGGCAUCUGCGCUACCUGGGACAGCCAGAAAUGGGAGACAAGAACCGCCAUGCCCUGGUGCGUAACUGCGUGGACAUUGCAACAUCUGAGAACCUUACUGACUUCCUGAUGGAAAUGGGCUUCCGCAUGGACCAUGAGUUUGUUGCCAGGGGACACCUGUUCCGUAAGGGCAUCAUGAAGAUCGUGGUGUACAAGAUCUUCCGCAUCUUGACACCAGGGAACACAGACAACACUGAGGCCUUGUCACUCUCCUACCUUGUGGAACUAAGUGUUGUUGCACCAGCUGGGCAGGAUGUGGUGUCUGAUGACAUGAGGAACUUUGCAGAGCAGCUGAAACCUCUGGUUCACCUAGAGAAAAUAGACCCCAAAAGGCUCAUGUGACAAGGCAGUCUGUCCACCACUGGGGCUUGUCCUCAGCUGUUACAAAAAAAGAAGAUGUUAUAAUUGCCCUAUUACACCACUGCCAGCCAGGCAUUCUUCCCUCAGGAAGGAGGACAAUGAGAACUUAGUUGGUUCUUUGCACUGUUUUCCUCAUAUGGCCAGUUCACUUUUGUGACAGCCUUUCUAAAUUAAAGGCUAAGGAUGACAUGGAGAAUCUAGAUAAUCCCUCUGCAUAAAGAGGGGAAACUGGAAUAAAAAAGCUUUGGGGAAUAAAAAUCUUUUAAUUGUUUUACCAUUUGUGUGUAAGGUUUGUAAAACAGAAACUGAGUUUGUAUUGUGCAGUAAUAAAGGCUAUAAAGAGAAAUGUCUAUCAUUCUGAUUCUUUACUCCAUUACCCUGCUAAUUUGGGAUGGACUCAUCA